GUCCAAUAUUUCGAUGAUCGAACGGCAGUUAGCAGCGACGCUGAAGGUGACUGGCUACCGGCAUCCGUUGUGCCUUAAAUGGACUGGUAACGUGACGAGGGAAGAGAGUGAUUCGCAGUGGAUUACGAUAGAGAUUUCGGGCACCAAUCAACGAGCACCGAGGUAUAUUAUGACCGAUGUUGGAACCGUGGACUCACUCGACUUGCCCAGGCAAAGUUUGCCGAUCGAGAAGCUAGCCGAGAGGUUUGGGAAUCUGCGAGGGCUGCCUAUUCAGGGGUAUCACAGUGUUACACCUCAGUUGUUGAUUGGAGUUGACAACCUUAAACUGGCAGUCCCACUCAAGGUAAGAGAAGGCAACGUGGGCGGCCCGGUUGCCGUGAAAACAAGGCUUGGAUGGUGCGUAUACGGAGGUCAUCGGGAUGAAGGACAGUUGUCCGUCAACUACCAUGUCUGCGAGUGUUCAGAUGGCGAUUCCCUUGACAAAACAUUAAAAGCGUAUUUUUCGCUUGAAGAAGCUGGAAUACAACCGACCGGCGCCAGAGUAACUGCGGAAGAUGAGCGCGCCUUACGGAUCCUCGAACAAACUACCCACUAUGCCAAUAAUCGAUACGAAUCGGGUCUGUUAUGGAAAUACGACGAUUUUGAAUUUCCUGACAGCUACCCUAUGGCUGUCAAGCGGUUCGAAUGUCUGGAGCGCAGAUUGGCCAAAGAUCCAACACUCAACGAAAAUGUUCGGAAGCAGAUCCACGAGUACGAACAAAAGGGGUACGCACACCGCGCGUCACCUGAGGAGUUGAACACCGCUGACCUUCGUCGCGUGUGGUAUUUGCCGCUUGGAGCCGUUACCAACCCUAGAAAACCCGGAAAGGUGCGGCUCAUCUGGGACGCCUCAGCAAAAGUUGAUGGCGUCUCUUUAAACAGUAUGCUACUGAAAGGGCCCGAUCAGAUGACACUUCUACCUGCGGUACUUUUCCGGUUCCGGCAGUAUCCAGUCGCCGUAAGCGCCGACAUCAAGGAAAUGUUCCAUCAGGUACGAAUUCGGCCAGAAGAUCGACAUUCUCAACGGUUUGUGUAUCGAGCUGACCCAACGGCGCCGCUGGAGACGUACCUGAUGGAUGUGGCCACUUUCGGUUCAACUUGCUCCCCCGCUACAGCGCAAUUCGUAAAGAAUACGAAUGCCAACCGGUUCACACAGGAACAUCCCAGGGCAGUUCAAGGAAUCAUCCACAACCACUACGUGGAUGACUACCUUGACAGCUUUGCUACCACUGAAGAAGCUGCUCAAGUCGCGUCACGGGUAAAAGAGAUCCAUCAACAUGGUGGAUUCGACAUCAGAAAGUGGUGCAGUAACCAACGAGUCGUCUUGGAACAGCUUGGAGAGGUCAAGAAACAAACCGUCAUCGAUCUUACCUCCGGUACCGAUAAACAGUCGGAACGGGUCCUCGGCAUUCUGUGGGAUACACAAGAUGAUGAAUUCCGAUUCAGCACUUCCUUGCCCGACGAUAUAACCCACCUGCGGACGCAUAACACUAAACCGACGAAACGGCAAUUGGCGCGGUGCGUCAUGUCGUUUUUUGAUCCUCAAGGAUUUCUGGCGCCAUACUUGAUAUUCGGGAAAGUGCUGCUACAGGAUACCUGGCGCGAAGGAACCAGUUGGGACGAACAGAUUUGCGACGGAACAUUCGAGCGAUGGAAGUACUGGCUAGAAAUGUUGGACAUAAUCAACCAAGUAAACAUACCAAGAUGCUAUUUCUCCACGGGUGAUCUGACGACUCUGGACAUCCACACGUUCGUGGAUGCAAGCGAAAUAGCGUAUUCGUGUGUUUCGUAUUUCCGGAUUGCGAAUCCCUACGGUCCAGCAGAGGUGGCAUUCGUAGCAGCGAAGACCAAGGUAGCCCCCGUCAAGCCAACAACCAUUCCCCGUCUGGAACUCAUGGCUUGCGUGCUUGGAGUACGGCUGGCCAAAUUCGUAGUCGAGGGACAUUCACUUCCAGUUCGAAAACAAUUCUUCUGGAGUGACUCCGAAGUUGCAAUGAGUUGGAUUAACGCGGAUCCCCGGAAGUAUCGGCCCUUUGUUGCUUUCCGAGUGGGCGAAAUUUUGGAAAAAUCUAACCGCGAGGAAUGGCGCUGGGUGUCAUCCAAGCUAAACCCGGCAGACGAAGCAACGAAGUGGGGAUCAGGACCGUACUUCGACAAGAACAGUAUUUGGUACAGCGGACCUGAAUUUCUUCGCCACUGUGAAGAUCAGUGGCCACCGAGGAAAAUCUACGAUAAGGUGACGGACGACCAACGCGCCUGCUAUGUCCAUCGCAAUCUACAAAUGCCGAAGCAACUGCUGGACGCCGAAAGGUUCUCCUCAUGGAAAAAGAUGUUACGCGUGAUGGCUUACGUUUGCCGAUUUGUGAACAAUUGUCGAACGUCAAAUACUGGUCAAGAGCGAAAAAUCGAUCACCUGACGCAGUUGGAGUUGCAGAAAGCUGAGGAAUCCUUAUUUCGAGCUGUGCAAUGGGACUCGUACGCUGACGAACUAGUUACUCUGACCAAGAACCAACGCCUACCAGUGCAGAAGCGCCAACCAUUGGAAAAGACAAGCGCUCUCUACAAAAUAUCGCCGAUACUAGACGCAGCGGGAGUUUUGCGGAUGGACAGCAGGAUUGGUGCAGCUCAACGUAUCCCUGAUGAAAUGAAAUUCCCUGUCAUCUUGCCAAAGCGACAUCGCUUGACCAUGUUACUUCUGAAGGAUCUUCAUUGCAAGUUGUUGCACGCCAACAAUGAAACUGUCGUCAACGAAGCACGGCAGCGCUAUUACAUAGCGCAGCUACGUACACAAGUACGACGCGUGUCGAAGGAAUGUCAGAUGUGUAAGAUACGCAAUGCCCAGCCGUCAAUACCGCGAAUGGCUCCCCUUCCAAGUGCUAGGCUAUCCUCAUAUGUUCGUCCUUUCACUUACUGUGGUCUCGACUACUUUGGACCCCUUUUGGUGAAGGUCAACAGAAGUAAUGUCAAGCGUUGGGUGGCCAUAUUCACAUGCCUGACAAUACGGGCCGUUCAUGUGGAGGUUAUCCACACGCUUUCUACCGAAUCCUGCAUCAAAGGAGUACGCCGAUUCAUCUGUCGUCGGGGAAGCCCCGCCGAAAUCUACAGCGAUAACGCAACUUGUUUUCACGGAGCCGACCGUCUUCUGAGAGAGCAGAUCAACAAAGGACUUGCUGCAGAAUUCACGAGCACCCGGAUCGCGUGGAAGUUCAUUCCUCCAGGCACUCCGCACAUGGGGGGAGCCUGGGAGAGGUUGGUGAGGUCGAUUAAGGUUACUCUGGCCGCAAUCCAGAACGGAAACCAGAAACUGGACGACGAAUCUUUGAUGACCUUUUUGGCGGAAGCAGAAGGUAUUGUCAACUGCAGACCACUCACAUACUUGCCUCUGGAUUCGAUCGAGCAAGAGGCCUUAACCCCGAAUCAUUUUUUGUUGGGCAGUUCUUCGGGGGUUCGUUUACCAAUUGUGCAGACUGACAACGAAGUAUCUCUCCUGAAAGGUUCGUGGACAGCCAUUCAGAAAUACCUGGACAUCUUCUGGAGACGCUGGACUAGGGAAUAUCUCCCGACUCUUACGAAACGCACGAAAUGGUUCGGCGAAGUGAAACCGGUUCAACCUGGAGACCUGGUUCUCAUCGUUAGUGAUACUAAACGCAACGGGUGGAUACGCGGUCGAGUGCUUGAGGUUUUGCCAGCUGCGGACGGUCGUGUACGUCAAGCUAUUGUACAGACUGCUGGAAAUGCUCCUACAAGAAAACCAAUAUCGAAACUGGCGGUCUUGGAGGUAUCAUCGGAUGCUGGAACCGGAGACAAUGUGGGUUCCACCAGGGGGGAGGAUGUUGCGAAACUGGCAACCCCGCCACAGCGAAAACGGAGUGAGCGGAUCCGCGGCAAAACAGAAGAACGAUGCGAGAAACGUCAAGAGUAGACAUUGCCAAACGUGUAUUAAUGAGAUGACGAUGUGGUUUUUGGUGCAGGGCAAAAUUCUUCCUAAUUUGAUUAAAUGCAAUCUGUAUAGUGUAGAAUUAUCGAUUCUUCAAACGAGUAGUGGCAGGUGCGCUUAGAACAAUGGAAUGUGCAUUUAUUUUGUGAAUUUACACACGGUUACGUUGUAUUUUAGGUCUUAGGAGUUGUUCACACCAAACCCUAUGUGAUCUAACCUGAGUUCCAGGGUUUAUAGUUUCACUAUUCAGUUCGAGAACUAGUAGAAUUCGCUGAAGCGAAAAUUAUUGUUGGGAAUAAUCUUUGAAUUAUAUCUAUCCACUGAAAUUGUAAGUGAACGCUUAGUCUAUAUUGUAUGAUCCCACUCACGAAUAAAUUUUCAUAUUCUAGCUUGUAGCUGAUGCUAAUAAGAUUCAGCGUUCUAUUCAUUAUUCCGCAAGCUUAAGUUCUAUGCCUUAGGUAUUUAAAAAAAGUAGAUUGGAAUUUACGCUGUAUUGUCAUGACUCAGCACUAGGUGUUUACUACCAGUGGGCUCCAAUCCAAACUUUUUAAUAAAAAAAAGAAAAAAAAAGCUCUCGGAUUUUUUUUUAAAUUCUCCAUAAUACUUUCGUGGAUUCGUUUUAAAAUACCUCAAAAGUAUUUAUUGUAAAUUCUGUUAGAAGUUCGUGAAAAAAUCUUCAUGAAUUGUAUCAAAAUCCUAAACUUUCUGUGGAUUCCAAUACAAAUUCCUUCAGAAAUUCCUCAAAAGGUUUCUCCAAAAAUAUCUACAAGAACUUCUUCAGAAAACCUUCCAUGGAUCGCUUUCGAAAUUGCUACAAGAAUUCCUGCACGGAUUCUUUAAAUCUUGCAUGGACUGCUUCAGAAAUUCCUAGAGGAAUUUGUCCAGUGAUCUCUUCAAUAAAUCCUCCGGAGAUUUCUUUAAAAACAUCUCCAAGGAUUCCUCCAGAAAACCUUCCAAGGAAUCCACAGUAAUUUCUCUACCGUAUUUUUUACUGGAAUUCUUCACGAAUUCCUUCAGAAACUUUUACAGCAACCGCUCCAGAACUCAGAAUUUCUUCAGACAUUAAAUCAAAUUUUUUUUCGAACAUUCUACCCAAAGGUUCCUAAAGAAAUCUUUCCGAGAUUCCUUAACCCUCUUACACGCCAUUUUUUGUAUCCUGAUGUAAACAACGAUUACCAUUUUUUUGAGACUACAACAUUAUGAAAUUUUAUGGUUAUUGAUAAAAUUAUAUAUUUCUUUUUUUUUUUUUAAGGAAAGCUUAGUUGUCCGUACAAUUUUUGAAAACAAUUUUAGAGUGUAUAAAAUUAUACUAAAAUUUUUCUCGGUGGUAGAUUUGUUGGGGAAAAAAUAUUUAAAUUAAAACAUUUACAUCUGAAAGGUGACCAGAACAUCAAUUUUUUGCUGACUAUUUUUUUAAUUCAAAUAUGCUUCAUAGGAUAUCAAACAUUAUUUUUAGAUAUGUAAAACAAUCCCAAUCAUCUGCCAAAAAUACAAAAUAAUCGAAUGGUCAGCAGAGAAAAAAAAAUAAUAUAAAAUGUUCCAUAUUAAACAAUCUUCCAUAUUAAGGUGGGGUUGGGUGUAAGAGGGUUAAGAAAUUUCUUCGGAAAUUUAUCAAAGAACCAUUCAUGUUUUUUUAAUGAAAUUGUUUCAUCGAUUUCUCUUAAAAUGCUACCAGAGAUGUUUAGGGAUAGUUCCCUUCCAAAAUUACUACUGGAAAUCUCUGAUAAAAUCUGCAAAAUAUUCUUUCAGAAAUUUCUUCGAACGAUUCAUUCAAAAAUCCUUCCAGGAAUUCUUCCGGUAAUUUCUUCUAAAAUUUAUCUAAGGAUUAUUCUUAUACAUGUUCCAUAAAUAGCUUCAGAAAUAUCUCCACAGAUUUUUUUAGAUAAUUCUCUAGAGGAUCCUUUAAAAAUUUCUUCACGAGUUCUUCCAAAAAUUUUCAAGAAAAUCUUCCAAGCAUUCUUUCAAAAACUUCUCCCAGUGUUUUUUUCUGAUUUUUUCAGGGACUGCUUCACGAACCCAUACACAAACUGCCGCAGGGAAUAUUCUCGGAAUUUAUCCAGGGAUUUCUGAAUUUUCUUAAAUUUCAGAAGUAAUGUUCUCAGUGAUUUUUCUAGAGACUCUUGCAUGUUUAAUUUUAUUAAUUCUGGCAGGAUUUUUUUUUUAAAUUCCCGGAGAAAUUGUUGAAACAAAAAUGAAAUUCCCCCGGGUAUGAAUUGGUCCGAAUGCUUUACGAGGCUAAUAGAAUCACAGUCACUCUGUAAUUCCUGAGUACCAACUCCGAGGCUUACGAGACACCUAAACGACUGACGCCGCUAACCGCUCGGCUACGAAGCCCACCAAUUUUGAUAGAAACUAGUUAUCCUGAAGCUAAAAUUUAUAUCACAUUUUGUUAUUAUUUUGAUAUGCUUAUAACAAAAAAUAUUAUCUAGAUUAGACCAAUGUGGUGUUUAUUACAAUUUCAGUUAUUUUUAUAUCAUCCUGCAUCCAUUUUAUAACAUUUUAAGUUAUUGAAAAAUAUUAUAAUAUCAUAACACACAAUUAUAUAAUUUUGAUAUUAUUUCAAAUAUUUUCAAAUCUGGUACCUUUGUUUUGAUAGUUAAAUUAACAAAACAGUUUUAAUGUCCGUGGAUAGAAUGACAGUUCAAUCUGUAAAAUAUCAGUUCGCCCCGAACAAAAAAAAAAUCUCAUACAAACUUAUAUAUAUAUAAAAAUAGCUGCCGGGCAUUAUAAAUGAUGAAAUUUUGGGUAUCGACUAAUUUUGGGCGGAAAUUCCAAAUAUGACAUAAUCUAAGUGCCCCUAAAGAAUUUUCCAGGUGCUUAAUGAGACAUUUCUACAGAAGUUCCUUCAGAAAUCCAUUUAUAAAUUCCUUCAGACGUUCUUUCAGAAAUAUAUCCAGAGACUCCUACAGUAUACCAAGAAUUUCGUCAGGUUUUUUUUUGUUUUAAUGCCUUUUGAAAUGCAUUUCUUCUUCUUGACGUGACUUUCUGAUGGGACAAAGCAUACUUCUCAGCUUGGUGUUUUAUGAGCACUUCCAUAGCUAUUAACUGAGACCAUCUCCUGGCAAUGACCAUUUUGCAUGUGUAUAUCGUGAAGCAAUCACGAAGAUACUUUAUGUCCAAAGAAAUCAAGGCAAUUCCCAUUGCGAAAAGUUCACCGACCGGGAAUUGAGCCCGUCACCAUUAGUCUGGUUAUCCUAAAUAUCCACCCCUUUACAGCUGUGGCUAUACGAGCCCUUGAAAUUCCUUUAGACUUAUUAAAACAAAUCUUGCAAGGAUUCCUUAAGAAAAUCCUCCAGAGAUUCCAGCAAAAACUUCUCCAAGGAUUUCUUCAAAUAUUUUUUUAAGAUUUUUCAAGGAUUCUUUCGGAAAUUUCUCCAUAAUUUUCUCCUAAAACUCUUCCAGGUACUUCUUCGAGAAAUUGUAUUCUGUCUCAAACUACCACAGGGACUCCUUCGAUUAUUCUUCAUGAGAUUAAAAAAAAAACUCCUGAAGGUAUUUUCCCAGGGAUUGUUACAUGAUUCCUAUGAAUUCCUCCAGAGAGAAAAUCCUCCUUUUAUUAAUUCACCAGAAAUUCCUUCUCUAGGAAUUCCUUUAGAAUUUUGAAUGGAGUCCAUCAGAAAUUCUUCCAAAUAUUAUUAAGAAAAUUUCUCCAUCUGUUUCUUCAGAAAUAUUUCUAGGAAUUCUCUCAGGAAUUCGCGCAGGUAUUCCCUCAUUUAUUAUUACAGAGAUUCGUUCAGGAGUAGCUCCAGUGAUUUUAUUUGGAAUAUUUUCAGAGAUUCUUUCGGAGAUUUUUGAAUGAUUUAUUUCAGUAAGGCCGGAACAAAUCUCAUUUUCUUCUUUUGUCACUUUGCUCGUUGACUUGUCGAGGGGGAGAUGAUAAGUGAUAAAUGUAUUUGAUGAAUAAUUACUCAAACAAUUAGGCAAAAUCGUCAAACUCAUCGGAUUUGUUAAGAAAUUUUCUCGACGACUCUAAUUUCACUAUAAAGUUUUUAAAUUUCUUAAAUAAUUUUUUUGUGUCCCCCCUCAAAAUGUCGAAUUUGGAUUAAAAAUUUCCGAGGGGGGGGGGGUGACAUUAGAGAAAAUCGAAAUUUGUGUCAGCCUAAUUCCAGUCUUAAUUCCUUCACGGAUUCCUGCAGAAAUUCAUAAAGGAUUCCUUCAUGAGAUUCUCUAUCUAUUUUCUCAGAAAUUUCUCCAUGACUUCUUCCAAUGAUCACUUCGAGAUUUUUCCCAAAGUUUAUUUCAAGAAUUUAUUCAGCUAUUUUCUCAAAUUAGAGAUGAAUCAGCCCCGGACUGAAAGUCUCUAUAAUAAAGCAUUCUUCAUUUUCUUCUCCUUCUGUAUAGCUCUACAUUACCACUGGAACUUUGCCUGCCACUCUCCAACUUAGUGUUCUUUGAGCACUUCCACAGUUAUUAAUUGGAAGGCUUUCUUUGCCUGCCAUUGCAUGAAUUAAUAUAGUGUGAGGCAAGCACAAUGAUACGUCUAGUAGCAACGGAUGUCACACCAACAUUCCUUCCCUUCCCCGAUGACCGUAAGGACGUGGCCGGCGCCGGUACUGACAAUAUAAAGUAUUGAACCUUCAAAAUUGCACAUUGAGGAUGGAAAGCUACACCCAGGCCCCAUCCAUUUGGUUCCCUGUGCAAUGUUGGCUGUUCUGAUCAGUAACGGAGUAGCAACUACGAAUUGUACGGUCAUCUCAUCCUCAUGCUCAUGCUCAUGUGAGACAAGCACAAUGAUACGCUAUGCCCAGGGAGUCGAGAAAUUUUCCAGACCGGAACGGAAAUCGAACCCGCCGUCUCCGGAUUGGCGAUCAAUAGCCUUAACCACUAGGUGAACUGGAGCCCCCAAACAUAUAAUAAAUCAUUCAUAAUUUUAAUAAUUUUAAUAAUCCUUCGAAUUUCUACAGAGAUUUAAAACAUUUCUUAAGAGAUUUUUCUUGUAAUAUUGGCAUGGGUUUAAUAUCUCGUUUUUCAGGAAGUACUACAAAGACUUCUUCAGAUUACAAUCCAUGAAUUAUUAAAAUUCCAAAAUUUCAACACGAAAUCGUUCCACACGAAGAAAUUCCUUCAGAAAUCUUUUCAUGAAUGUCUUUAGGCAUUGAUUCAGAAAUGUUUCCCGAGACUUCUUGAGUAUUACAAGGAUAUUUUCGGAAAUAUUAGUAGUGAUUUCUUUCGAAAAUUAUAUUUUUAUACUCAUUCUCAAGGAAUGCAAAAAAUAGUACAAAAAAAGGAAUUUCUAGAACGGUUUUCUAAGAAACUUUUCCAAAAAAAUCUUCAGAUCCCUCCACGAAUAUUUCCAUAUAUUCCUCCAGGAUUUUUACAUGUUCUAUAUAAUUUUGUUGUUGUUAGAGACUGUUCCGUUCUAGGUUAAGCAACGGAAAAAAUGCUCGCAAAUAUUUAAAUAUGAUGAGAGCAAAAAUUCUAAUUUAAAACUGACGAUUUUGCAUUUAAAAGGCCAGUAUAUAUUCUAUUCCUACAAAUACUGUUGAUGUUUCCCAGGUUUAGCUGUCUUUUCAAUAAAUCAAACGGAAGAAUCUAAAACUACUUCGCGAAACUACAAGCUUUCAGUACCAGGGAGUCAAAUUUAAGAAACAUUCAAAUGAAUUCAUAAAGAAUUUCAUGCGGAAACUUUUAAAUGUCUUGGAAAUUGAAAAAAAUGUAUAAAUUUCUGAAAAUUUACUAAAUAAAAUAGUUACCAGAAAUGGAUGUGGAGAAUUAAGGCGUUCCAUGAAGUGUACUGAGUGUGGUAAGGAACUACACCGUCAACUGCUGCAGAUAAUCCUUGAGUUCCGUCCUUUAGUCCGAAGAGUUUUAUAAAUGGAAACACCAGGAACAAUUCUUGGUAAACUGGAAGAAUGUUUUCCUCCGUGGAGAUGACGUUAUUUCGCACUUUUUCGAUAGAUCUUCAAAAGAAUACAUCAGAAGUUUAACCUGAAAUUUCUACCAUAAAUGUCUAAUUGAACUAAGCCGAUUUCUAUUAAUUCUAGGAAUUAUUUCCAUAUUAUGAUACUGCUCUUCUCUUAACCCUCUAAUACCGCCUUUAGACGGGGUAUAGUUUGAGCAUUUUUGUAACUUUUGUUUCGUAGAAAAUCAAAAAUUUUAUAUUUUUGGCUGAUAUUUAGGACUGUUUUGUAUAUCUCAAGAUGGUUUUUGAUGUAUUUCAAGACGUAUUUACAUUUUAAAAAAUCAUUGAAAAAUUGAUGUUUUAGUCAUUUUUUAGAAGUCAUUGUUUAUUUUGUAUUAAAUCGCUACAAUUAACAUAUUUUAAUUUAUCCCAAAUCAUUCUAUCCUAGUUUUAUAGUUUAAGGGAAUUGAAUACACUCUAAAAUUAUUUUCCUUAAAAUUAAAAGGAAAAUAUAAUUCUUCAAGAGAAAAAUUUAAAAUAAAAAUAUUUCAACAAUAAUCAUAAAAUCUCAAAAUGUUUUCAUCUCAAAAAAUCCGUACCCCAAAUAGGCUUUCAGGAAAAAUAUAAAGCUGUGGGGAUGUUCAAAACUAAAAAUUCGAAAAAAUCAAAAACUGAAAUUCACGAAAUCAAGAAUUAAAAAGAAUCAUCUUCCAAAACAUGUUUAAAUCGAUUUUAGAUGACGAAAAAUGAUAUUUAGAUCAAAAUAAAAAAAUUUGGGUAUGAGAGGGUUAAUUCCUUCAGAGAUUUCAGCAGAAAUAACUCAGGGCAUUUAAACAGAGAUUUUACUGUAAGUUCUUCCAGAAAACACCAAAACAUUGUCUGAAAAUUUUGGAUAAAUUCUCUUUUUUUUUCAAAGGUUUCAGAUACCAAGUUGUUCUAGAGGUUCCACUUGAAAUGUCACAAGAAUCUAUAAAUGUAUUAGAAAUAGGAAUCGUUUAAAGAGAUGUAAAACUCUCCUAGGAAUUUAGGUUCGACUACAUAUUACCACGUCUGGGUCGAGAUCAAUACAAUCUCAAUCCAUUUAUCCAGAUUCCACGUGAUAAUAAGCACAACGCGUGUUAUCAGAAAUCCCCACGUUUUGCAUAACGAAAACUGCUUGGGUGUUCCCGAGAAAACGAUUCCAACCGUUUCUUAUGCCACAAACUUUCCCCAUGACAUCAAACCCCAGAAAUUGCAUAAAAAGUUGUCACUCGUAAUCAUACACACACAUGAUUGAUCUGUGUGUUGUUGUCCAACAAACGCCCAAUUCCGACCCACUGUGCGUCAUACAUCGUGGUCGCAAUCGUCGCGUCGUCGCCCGCAAUAACUCAGCUCGCGGGGUGUGCGCGCAAAAUUGCCCACGCUGCGCUACGAUGAUGAUGAUGGGAGCACGCGAGCGAGCGACUCGCCCCAGGAAAAGCGCCCAAGAAAGCGUGAAAAUCAUCUCGGCUGCCAUAUACAUAUGUGUGUGUGCGUAAGCGGCGGCUUGGAAAGUGAUUGGAGAGUAGUGCAAAAUUAAUGCGAGAAAAAUAAUAGCAGCAAAAGAAACAAAAAAAAAAAAAAUCCGGGUGGAAAACAAUAAUAACCGAUGGCCAGUGCCAGUACCAGUGGUAAUGCGCUAGAGGGGUGUAAAUCACGUUUUUCCCCGGCGAGAUGCUUGAUGCUCGCGUAUGAUGGAUUAUCUGGGUAAAACGCGCUUUCAGGACAUAUUGUACCACUUCUAUCACUUAUGAAAUUGCGUGCACUACCCGACCAGAAGCACAUAACAAAAUCACAACAAAAAUUAUGAAAACUGUUGUUAUAAAUAACAAAAGUUGAUAUAAUUCUUUUAUAAGGAUUUUUUCAUGUGAAUACCCAUAACAAUAUUGUAUGACUAUUUUUUAUAAGUAUGGUAACAAAAUUAUAACAAAACUUGUUUUAUUUAUUCAAAGAGAUGAAUUACAAAAAAAUUUUAUAAUAUGUAUUAUAAUAUGAUUGCCUCCAACAUAAUUUCGUAACACGUUUAUUACAUACUUUAUAACGAAAUUAUUUAAAAAUUUAUAAAAUUUUUGUGUUGACGCGAAAAAGAUUAAUAUUUUUUGUUAUUUUGUCACUCGAGACAAGAAAUUUAUUUAAAAACUUGUAACAAAUUCGUUCUGAAAUAUAUAACAGAACUUAUUAUAUUUUUUUUAUGAUUUCGCAAGUUUAGUCUAACAAAAUUUGAUAUAAUCUUAUGAUUAUAUCUCAACUUGUUAUAUCUUUGUUUUAAUUGGAACAAGUUUUGCUAGAAUUUUUGUUAUUUUAACUACUAGCGGUACAUGUUUUAUAACAACCAUUGUUACAGAAGCAUUGUAACAAAAUAACACAACUUGUAAUAAUUUUGUUUUCUCAUCUAGUCAGGUAUGUCGUGGGUGAAAAGCAAGCUCUGUUCCAGCUUGAAUCACACGCCCGAAAAAUAAAACUUCAAGAGAUAUGAGGCACAUUUUACCUCAACCUCCCCAACUCAUUCCGGAUCCAUUUCUGCGCUGCCAGUAGCACAGUAGUCACUAAUGCUGAUGCUAUGGCUACUGCAGCAACGCAGCUAACUCUCCGCUGCCGGAUUGAUUGAUUGCGAGGCGAUCGGAUUUGUUUUCCGUAGAAGACCGACGACGACGACGACGUAAUGAGAGGGAAAUGGAUGCAAAAAUUGCUAAUUGGAGUAAUCGGCAGGCAGUAGAUAGUAUGCAGUAAUGGAGGUUGGAUUUGCUAUCGAAGGGGAAAUCGAAUUCGUCAAUUUAUGACGCGUGGAGUUGAGAUAAUGCGAUGCGUUGCGGGGGGAAAGUUAUGACCGAGGUGGUGAAAACUUGAAAGGGAAUUUUCUUGAGAUGAUUCAAGUGAAAAUAAAUAAUGAAACAAAUAUAGUGAAAGACAAUAGACUUCUUUUAAGAACUUUUAUUUUGGGCGAUUUAUGUUUUUUGUUGGUGAAAACGGAUACGCUGCAUCUACACUAUUGGGUCACUGAGAUUUUUGAAUUUAUCGAAUAUUGUUGAACAAAUAGAAAACUUCCUUAGCAACUUAUGUCAUACAUUUUUUAGCUUUUGGUUGUAUAAAGUAUACAGAAAAAUAUAUGUAAUUAAAAUCCAGCGAUAAAUCAUACACAUAAAGGGAAUGCAAAAGUUUGUGCACUUUUACAUGAGAUUUUAUGUAAAAUUACAUAACCAUCGCGUAAAUUUCCGCCAACCAUCGCGUAAACCAUCAUGGACUCCAACCGGUUACGCGACUAUUAGCGGAAAUUUACACGAACGUAACGUAAUUUUACAUGAUAUCUCUUGUAAAUAUGCACUUAAUCUAGCAUUCCCUUUAUGUGCGUGAUUUUUCGCUGAAUUUGACAUGAAUAGUUUUUUCUGUAUAGAGCAAGUAAUCUUUGCUGAUAUGUGUGUGCAACGGUCGCCAUAUGAAGCGAUAUUCUAAAUUUUUCUUCCCUUCAAUUUAUUUUAUAAAUGUUUCUUUAAAAGUUUCUUUUAGAUGUGAGAUUUCUUGUAACACUUUUAUAAUACAACAAAGUUUUUCUCUAAACUCUUCGAAACCAUUCAAAAAAUACGACCCAAAAGCAACUGUUGGUUUUAAUAGAACGUUCAGAAUGUAUACAAAAAUUAUGAAGUUUGUGAAUAAAACUAAGGUGGUGGCACCAUUCUUGUGCCUUCGAAAACCCCUUUUCAACCAAGUUCAAGUGACAUGUUGAUGAAUAUAAGAAAUGCAGAAAUCAUAUCGUUUAUCUGGCUUUUGAUGCUUGAACCGUCAAUUCUUAAAAAAAACCUCCAUUUUCAAUAUUGAGCCGUAAUUUUGGAUUAAGUCAGCAAUCUUGGAAAUUCUUAACACCAUUUUUGUUAUCUUCCCCAUACCAUAAUAACUCAUAUUGCAUGGUUUUAGAGACUGAACUCCAUUAAAUAGCCACCAUCUUGAAUUCCUGACCGCCAUCUUGGAUAUUUUAGUCGUCAUUUUUGGCGCGUGGUAGUCACUUGGGGAACUCCAGGAGAAACCCGCGUGAAACACUAAGCGAAAGAGAAAGAAAAACAUGGAAAGAAGCUCCGGCAUUCCAUAAGGGGCCCCAAGAGAGAUACACACGAGGAAAUCUGGGAAAUCCUAUGAAUGACAUUCUGGAUGGAUUACCGAAGAACUUCAGAGAGAAAUUUCGCAUGAACUUCCAGGAAAACUUCCGAAAUAAAGAGGAACUGUGGGCAGAAAUCUCGAAAAGAAUUUGUGGAGUUCUACAGAAAACAGUGCAAUGUAGAAAUUCAAGGAGAAAUCUGGGAUGAACUUUAAGGAUGAAUUUCUAGAGGCAUUUCAAAAGGAAACCUGGAAAGGCUGUAAACUAAUUCAAUAAGAAUCUCUAGCGGAAACCUGAGUCCCUGAAAGGGUUUUUUUUUCAAUUUCCUUCACUAGUGUUCAUCGGAAUACCUGGGAUUACAUCAAUUCUGAUCGUUUUUUUUUUAUCGGAACCGGCACUUUUCCUCCAUAAUUUGUGGAAUUCCGUUGAAUUCAACGAUUUUCCUCAGAACCUCAAAAACAUGUUAACAUAACAUCGUGCAACCUCUGGAGCUUAAUGCUCAAAUAUUGUAACUGAUUUCGAUAAUCUACUAAAUUUACACCGGCAACAAAUACUUUUCGGUGCAUAGGUUUGCGGAGUACGAGAAUAAGUCUCGGUACUAUAAAAACAAUUCGCUCUCCCUUGUAUAUCUAGAAGGCACAACCGAGAUGUAAUUGUGAAAAUAGGAAUGUAUAUGGUGUAGGCUUGAUGUCAGUUUGGCUUUCUAUUCCGCAGAAUCGCUAGCUGUUCUGUGGCAUAGUUGGUUAAAGCGCCUGUCUAGCGAAUACGGAGUCAUAGGUUCGAAUCCCACGAGAACGCGUUUUUCACAAUUUCAUCUCUUAAUUUGACAAUAAUCUAAAUUCAGUGUCUUCCAAUUUUCAUGCUUUACACAGUACGUUCCGUUGUACCAGAGAAGCAUGAGAAAAUUUCAGAAAGACUGUUGAGUGAGUCACUUGGCUAAGUUGCUUUACAUGCACUUAGCCGAGUGACUAACUCAACAGUCUUUCUGAAAUUUUCUCAUGUUUCUCUUGAAAUUCCUCUCAGUUUUAUUAUCCGUAAUUUCUCUUAGAAAUUCUCCCGGAGGUUCCUCCGGAUUUCUACCAGAGCUUCGCCAAGGUUUUUUUCCAUGAAUUCGUCCUGGAAAUGAAUCAAUAUUUUUUGUGAGAACUCCCUUUCCGAAUUUGUUUCCGGUAUAACUCUCCUCCCUGAGUUCAGCUCUUGGAUUUCUCCAAGAACUUUCCACUAAAUUGAUGCAAGAGUUCCUUCCAGUUUACUUGCAGAUAUUUUCCGGGAUUUAUGCACGAGCAUUGCAUUGGGAAUUUCCCAGAGGAAUAUUUCUUGGAAUACUUUGAGGAACGGAGAACGGGAAUUAACGAGGUACUCAAAUCCCGGGAGGUGAUCCGUCAGAGAUACAAGUAGGGUUUUUUUUUGUGGAUACUGUGGACCUGGCUUUGGAAGAGAUCUCGAGAAAAACUUCGGAGAGUGACACCAGGAGGAAAUCUUAGUAAAAUUUCAGAAAACAAAAACUUCGAACAAGCAAUAUUUUGCCAACUAAUUGGCAUUGAAGAAGUUCUGAAGGCCGUUAUAAAACCUUAAUGCAUUCAAUUUGGUUUUAUGAUGGUUCCAUUUGACCUCUUAGAACCCAUUUGACUAGAAAAUGUUACAAGGAUGAAAUGCCUCUGAAAGAAAUCACGGAAGGAAAUUCAGGAGAAAACCUAUGGCAGACUCUAAGAGAAAUGUCGAGGAAUUCUUCGAAAGAAAUCUAUGAACGAAAUAUGAAACCAAAUCUUUUCGAUCAACAAAGACAGUCUUCUGUAGCAAUGCCAAAAAAAGCUCUGUGAACAAUCCCAGAAGGGAUUCCAGAAGAGAUUCCAUGGGAAGAACCUUGUUAUUUCGGCAAUGUGCAGCUGUACAAGCUGUACGAUGAUUAAUAUAUAGAAAUUUUUUUUAUACAGAUGAGCAGUUCGAAAACGUUUUCCUUGUGUUGGUUUCUGCACAUGCAAAGAAGAUAAAGCGAAAUGAGUACUUCGAUCAAUAACUGAAUAUACCCGGCCAUUCCAGAAAAGAAAUUUCCUGGAAAAGUACCGUGAUUUCGGGUGAAAUUGAUCAGUGGGGUGAAAUUGAUCGACGAGAGGCCCAUUUUUAUUUGUCAAAAAUAACGCUUUAAACUUUAAACAAUUUGUGGAAAACGGCCAUCACAUUACUCAAGGGUUAUUGAAAGAUGAGUUUACAAGUUUUACAGCCAAUUCGUUACAUAUUUCGGUAUUAAAGUCAAUAUUUUCCGAAACUGCGAUUUAGGCGAUCUUCAUAGACACUUCCAAACUUUUGUUACCGUAGUUGUAUCACACAUGUAAUGAAUAUUCGAAUGAAUGUUUAUAGCUGCCAAGUGUUCGCUAAACUCAAUUUCGCCAUCAAAAGUUCUAUAAAUAUUGUAAUUUAUGCAUAAAAUUGCACUUUUUCGGAAGUGCAAUAUUGAUACACAUAAUUAGUGAGAAAAUUGCAUACUUUUAGGCGUUUUCUUUCGAUUUAUUAAACUUUAAACUUAAAUAACUAAAAAUUUAGUAAACUUGUAACAGUUUUGCAUAGCUUUUCGCAUUCUAGGGUGGUUAAUUUAGAUGGGAAAAUAAUUUUCAGCAUUUACAACGGCAUGUCACUGACUGAUCAAUUUCACCCCGAAAGUAACAUUUUUGAUUUUUUAUUUAAAAUGAUAUUUAUUAUAAUAAAAUGAUUUGCUGUAAAAGUUUCAACCUCGUUGACUGAUGAAAACCAUGGUCGUACUUGUUUUAAAGCAUUGAAUUUAACCAUAUCGACAAACAUUCAAAAAUUAGACGCAGAAAACUGCGAAAAGUGAUCAAUUUCACCCGAAAUCACGGUACUGCAAAAAUCUUUGAAGAAACUUCUUGCAAAUCCCGAAAGGAACUCUUGGAUUUCCUACAGAAGUUCCUUGAUAAAACUCCAAGAGAAAUCUUUGGAUGAACUCCAGGAGGAACCCUUUGAGGAAUCUCUGAUGGAGAUUCUGGCGAAACCCUGAAAGAAUCUCUGUAGGGAAUCUGUGAAAUAAUAUUUUUAAAGGAAUUUUUUAAAAGAACUCGUGAAAGAAUGAAAAACAAAAAACUCUUAGAGGAAUCUUUGUUGGAACUUCCGAAGAAAUCUCAGAAAAAAAACUAGUGAAGGGAUCCCUCAACGAAUUUCUGGACGAAUCCCUAAAGGUACUCUGGAAGAACCCCUGACGGAACUCCUUGAGGAGUAUUUGUAGGAAUCCCUAGGCGAAUUAUGAAAUGAAUUCUUCUGGGGAACCUCUGAGGGAACUCUUUGAGCAAUCCUAGAAGGAAUUCCUGAAGGAUUCCCCGAAAGAAUUUCAAGAGAUGCCUCUCAAGUAAAUUUCGGAGAAAUCCCUGUAGAAGCUCCUGAUUGAAGUCCUGAAGUAAUUCCUGGAAGAAUGCGUGAAAUGUUACCAGUAGGAAUCUCUGAAGGAAUUCCUGAAAGAAUUCUUGGGAAAACCCCUCAAAGAACUCCUGAGGGAAUCUCUGAGGGGACUCUUGGGGAACUUUUGAAGGCAGUCCUUCUGUAUUUUGGAUUUUUGUAAUUGGACUCUAGGCUGGAAGCCCGUUACCGCACUUACAGUCUAGAUAAAACAUUAUUCUUUAUAUUGUCCAUUCCAUUGAUUUCUUCAAAAUAAUCUUAAUCUAUCUCGAUUUUUCCCUUAACUCGCUGUUUGGGCAAUUAUGCCACUACGUUCAAUAUCUCGAAUUACUACUGUAGUCAUAUUAAGAGAAAUUACAUCUUGUUGUCCGCUGAAUAUAUUCACGAAUCUUACAAUAGGCUCAUGUUGCGUAUCAUUUCUCGACCGCAAUGGAGGAUCAAAUACCCUUCUACGGCGAAGCGACACUGGAUUGUUGUUGAAGCUGAUUCGGUCGUACAGGAAGAGACUCUUGGUUCGUCCGCUUAGAAUAUUACAGAAGAACACAAUAUCUGCUACUCUGAAUGAACUCCUGAAUAAAUGCCUGGAGAAACAUCACUCUGCAGACGAGUGUUAACUUCAGCCAUGAAGCCAAUAAUUUUGCUGAUACAGUGGAGACCCGAUUUUGUCAGCCCCCGAUUUUGUCUACCCCCGAUUUUGUCUACCCCCGAUUUUGUCAGCUUUUUGACCCGAUUUUGUCAGCCUUUUUUGAAGUAGAAAAAUAAAUGUGUUUUACAUACAGAAUUUCAAUUUUAUAAUCCAUAAUAAUGCAGUUGAUGCCUUCAGGCGUCAUAGAAAAAAUACGCAAUGAACAAAACUCGUGUAACUUUUGAAAACGGCCAAACUUUUUUUGCAAACUAACACAUUUAUGCCAUUUUAGCACCCAACCCUACCCAAUGUUCUAAACCAAUAUUGUUUUAAAUUGCUAAAAGAUUUAGUUCUCUCUCUUGUUGGCGUAACGUUCCAACUGGGACACAGCCUGCUCCUCAGCAUAGUAUUUUAUGAGAAAUUUUAAAAUUUUUAACGGACAUCCCCCACAGCCAAUGUUUAUUUUGCAUAUGUAUAUCGUGUAUGAAGAUAUUUGGGCUUAACUCUUUGGAGCCGGAGUGUUUUGCUAGUAUGGCCGAACCUCGCUGGUUUUGAACAAGUUUUUUUAUGAUCGGUUUCAACGUCGGGGUCAUAUACAUGAUGUCCCACCGGCUCCAAAGGGUUAAAGACUAUUCUUCUUAAUUUUCUCUGGAACAGAACAAACAAUAAUCGUUGCCUGUCGUUGUGAUUACUUCUUCUUCUUCUUCUUCUUCUUUAUGGCACUACGUCCCCACUGGGACUUGGCCUGCCUCGCUUCAACUUAGUGUUCUUUGAGCACUUAUAAAAUUAUUAAUUGAAGGGCUUUCUUUGCCUGUCAUUGCAUGAAUUUGUAUAUUGUGAAGCAAGUACAAUGAUAUACUAUGCCCAGGGAGUCGAGAAAAAUUUCCCGACCGAAACAGGAACCGAACCUGCCGUCUUCGGAUUGGUGAUCAAUAGCCUUAACCAUUAGGCUAACUGGAGACCCGUUGUGAUUACAAGUGAACCAAUUUAUUUCUUCUUUCCGGCAUCUCUGGAAUUCCUCUAGGUUUACUUGCUAGGAUUGCUCCAGAUAUUCGUUAUGAGAUUUGUGUUGUAGAUUUUGCUUCAGAAAUUGCUGUCGGAAUUCUUCCAGCGAUUGAAACCAUUAAGCACAGAGAAACAGGCGAAACUUGAAAAAAAUUCAUUAAAAAAACAUCGUCACGAAAACGCUAUCGCCCAAUACAAAAAAAUGUACUGUGCUUGGCCGGGCCACCACUUGGUGGCGGUAGUGAGCAAACGUCAAACAGAAGAAAAAAGGAUGCCUGCACCGCAAGUGGCCAAUUGACCGCUUAUCGAAUAUUUGAAUCAACCGUUAGAAAGCGGAUCGAUGCGAAUCGAGCAGAGUGUGACGUCUGUUUCUAUGUGCCCUGAGGAAUACGGAUUCACCCCGAUAUUCUUGCUGCGAUUCCUUCAAGAUUUUUUGCUUGAUUUCUUGUAAGUAUUUUGCUGGUGUUUCUUCAAGAAUCGCCGGAAAUUUUUAAAGGAAUUCUUUCGGAGAUUUUAUAACGAUUCAUUCAGUUCAUUCAAAUGUGUCUCUUUAAGAUUUUCCCAGGCAUUCCUCCUGUGAUUUCUCCAAAAGCUUUUCUUGAGAAUCGUUCAGGAACUCCUGCUAGGAUCCCUCCAAAUUUUUUGCUGAUAUUUCUGCAGGACUUUUUCCAAAAAUUUCUGCAUAAACUCCUGCAGCGAUGUAUCCAGGGGUUUCUCUAAGGAUUUCUCCAAUUGUUGGGGGACAAGUAAAACGCCGCUGAUUCUGUAUAGGAGAUGCUUUAAGCUAGAAAUGUAUUAUGCAUUAGUUGAAAUCUUCAUUAAAUGUUCCAAAUGGCUGACUUGCCAUUUCAGUGGGUUUAGAAUCUUCAGUAAAUUGUCCCAAAACAAUGUAAUUAAUCAGAUAAUUUGAUAUAGGCUACAAAGGGACUUAAUUAUUAUUCCAUAAAUAACUAGCCAAGAAGUGCAUACAUUACGCAUAUGAGUUCAUUGAACGAAUCUCAUUUGCUGUAUGACAAUGAGUAUAGGCUAUCGAAUUGGAUAAUAUGUGGCCUAAGUCUAGAAUAGAAAUAGGUGUUGUUUAAUCUAAUUCACUUCACAUCCACCUAUAACAUAUACACCUGACACUAAUCGUUGUCUUAACAGGCUUUAAACGAUGGUUUGGUAAGUAUUUUAAUCAUGAAAUACAGUUUUAUGUGCUCCGCAAUAAACACAUCACAUGUCGAGAACUAUUGUUUUCUGUUUCUUUCUCUAUUCUCAUCGGUACACGUUUCUUCGUCAUUUCGCUCGGCCUGAUUCGAUUUUCGCCCUGGCGCGGUUGCCAGUUUCGCAACACCAAUAAUUCUUCCUACAAUUGCUACGUGGAUUAAUCCAGGGAUUUUUCUAGCGAGUCUUUCAAGUCAUCUCGCUGGGAUUUCUCCAUAUAUAUCUGCUUAGAUAGUCCAGGAACUUCUGCUAGAGUUCCUCCAAGAAUUUUUCUGGAAAUUUCUAUUUCAACCCUUUCAGAUAUUUUCCUAAGAAUUGUUCAUGCAUUCUUCCUAUGAUAUCCUCAGGGAUUCCUUCAAGAACUCGUGCUGAGAUUCCUCCAGAAAUUCUAGCUGGUAUUCCUGUAGGACUUUAUCCAGUAAUUUCUACAGGAACACCUCUAGUGAUGUAUACUGAGAAUUCUGUAGAUAUUUCUACAAUAAUUCCUACAUAAAUUACUCCGUGCAUUAGUCCAUGGAUAAAUCUACGGAAGGCACGAAUUUCCCAAAUGGAACCAACCUACUUUCCUAGGGUUUUUUUUUUCAAGAAUUUCUCUUAGGUUUCCUUCAGGGAUCCUUCUUUGAAUUUCUUAAAAUGUUGCUCUAGUGAUGCCUUCAGUUAUUACGCAUAUAGGAAUUCAUCUAGAGAUUUCACUAUGAUUCUUCUGUAAGACUUCCCAAUUGGGCAUCAUCUAUGGAUUUCCCGGUGGUCCCUCUUGAGAUUUUUCCAAGUUGACCUCUUGGUAUUCCUAUACGAAAAUCUCUUGGUAUUGAUUCUGAAAUAUCUUUAGAAAAUCUCGUUGGAAAUUCUUCUGGAAUUCAUGCUAGAAUUAAAGAUUCUAUUUCAGUUGUCAUUUCUCCUUAAACUGCUUCAGAUAUUUCCCCAGUACUUUUUUCAGCAAUUCCUGCAUUGAUUUCUCAAGGAGAUUUCUUCAAAGAUUGCAAUAGGGAUUCUUUCAAUGAUUUUUCAGAAAAUGCUCCGGAAAUGCCUCUAGGGAUCAGACUUAAGCGUUUUUUUUAGCAGAAACUACCAACGGGAUUCCUUCGGAAAUGUAUUGAGGGUCACGUUCCAAAAUUCCUUGGAUAAUUUCUCCGGAAUUCCCCCAAAUAUUAAAUAAAAGAUUUCUCCAAAGAUUGUUUAAAGAUAAGCCUCUGGAAAUUAAAGUGAAAAGGCAGCGGAAACGUAGCUAAUUCGGACAGUAUGAGUGGCUAUAAUUGUCAAUCAGAUGAUUAAUUUUCAUUUGUUGACAGCUUAAAUUAGAUGUUAUGAUUUAAGCUGUGCUAACCAGUGACAACUGUCUUCUGUAGACCACAAUUGCUAUAAGCUAGGAGAAGACUGUGUUCCAGUAGGGAUGUUAUGACAAGAAGAAAAGAAAUAAAAGAUUUAAAAGUUCUGCUGUAAAAUGCACUGAAUGUUAACUUUAUUAAAUACCAUUUUUUUCUGUGCCCUUACACCCAUUUGAUUGUUUUACCACAAAAGGCUCGUUCUUGGGCUCGUUCAAAUAUUACGUAACGCAAAAUUAGGCAAAAUUUAGACCCUAUCCGCGGGAGGGCCCCGCGUAACUACUUCUCCUAAGAGAAAUUUUA